CUCCAUGAUGUCCUUCAUCCUCAACGCCCUCACCUGGAGCUGACAUGGACCCAAAUCCUCGGGCAACCCUGGAGCGCCAGCAGCUCCGCCUUCGGGAGCGGCAGAAAUUCUUUGAGGACAUUUUACAGCCGGAGACAGAGUUUGUCUUCCCCCUGUCCCACCUGCAUCUCGAGUCACAGAGACCUCCCAUAGGUAGUAUCUCAUCCAUGGAAGUGAAUGUGGACACACUGGAGCAGGUGGAACUUAUUGACCUUGGGGAUCAGGACGGAGCAGAUGUGUUCUUGCCUUGUGAAGAGGCUCCACCAACUCCCCAGACGUCUGGGGUGGAUGACCAUCCGGAGGAGCUGAGCCUGCUGGUGGCCGUGUCUGACAGGACCACGUCGCGGACCUCGUCCUCUUCCUCUGACUCCUCCACCAACCUGCAUAGUCCAAAUCUGAGUGACGGUGGCGCAGACACACCCUUGGCACAGUCCGAUGAGGACGACGAUGGGGGUGAUGGAGGGGCAGAGCCUGGGGCCUGCAGCUAGCAGUGGGACCCUGCCUAUAGACUGACCAGUGGAGUUGGCCAUUCUCCACAUUGAGGCCCUAGGCCCAGCCGGAGCCCUUGGGGAGAAGACCAGACUCUGUACUUGGCAGUAGGUGCCCAAGGGAAGGAGUGGUGGUGGGAUGGUAUACCCUUUUGGAAAUUAAUCCUCUCCUCCUUUACUGCUAAUCUUUUCCUCCUGUAACCCUUCCACCAGUUAUCCCCGAGGUAGGGCUUGCAAGUGAGGAGAUGGAUGAUGAGCUAGGACAAGAUGUCAUGGCCUUUCUUAGUACUGUUCCCUCCCCCAAACUAUUCCACAGUCUGCUAAUGGGCUCCCCUAAAGCCUUGUCUGUAAGUGGACAUGAAUUCCUUAGCACUUCUAGUGAGGUGGUACUCCAGCCAUCCUGCCUCCUGACAUCCUUUUGGGAAUAGGGCAUGGUAUAAGUAAUAAACAAAUAAUACACCAACCAUUCCACUUCAUUGUUCACAUUGCAAA